UAGAGAAGAGUACGUCACUUCCGGGAUGCGAUACAAUCCGAACCGAACUCUUCCACGCUGCGACUCAAAGUUGUUACUGUUUCUUAGCGGCUGUCGGGGUCCGUUUCUCUGAGUGAGGAGCGGUACGUGUGGAAAGUGUUAACGCGUUCGACCGUCCCCCUCAUACACCGAUAACAUGAAGAAAAGGAGCGCGGAGAAAAGACGCCAUGUGGUGGCGUGGACUAACAAGGCUGAGUGGGAUCAGGUUCUAGAGUAUCUGUACUCCAAGGAUCCGGCCCUACAGAGGUACGCCCUGCAGCGGAUCUCAGCCUGGAGGGGCCGGUAUGCCAACAGCAGCCCGGUGGCGGUGGACUGCACAGCGGACCUGGUUCGGUGCCAGGUACUGGACCGGUCGGGCCAGCUGGACGGAGAUGACCUGGUCCUGCUCUAUGGAGCCGCCCUGAUGAGGUUCGUCAAUUUGAUCACCGAAAGACAGCAGGGGAAAACAGCCCGUCCCCUGAGGCGGCUGGCCGGGAACCUGAACAUCCCAGCGUGGGUGGUAGAUCUGAGGCACGACUUCACCCACAGGAAGCUUCCCACCUUGAAGUGGUGUCGAAAGGGAUGUAAAGUGGUGUUGGAGUGGCUCCAGCAGGAGUACUGGUCCAGGCAGCUUGGAGGAGGGCCCGGUGAGGACUGGGAGUCAGAGUCUGAUGGAGAGGAUGAGGCUGAGCUGAGAGGGGGGGAGCUCAUUGCAAGGCAAAAAGAAAUGGAAGCUUACAAGAAUGCACGGGAGCUGCUGAUAUCUUAUGAGAAGGAGCAGUACCAGGCUUUUGACGGGCUUCCUGAAGACAAAGAGAAGAACAUGUCGCCAUCCCCCUUUGCAGACAUGAGCUGGUUGCUAGGUGAGAUCAAGCAGUUUGCUUUGCAGUCCUGUAACCUGCUGAUUGACGUGUUGCUGGAAGAUGGAUUUCUAGUCCCUACUGCUGAACAGCUGGAAACGUUAGGUUGUGACUCUUUUGACAGCGAAGAUACUUCUGAGCUCAGACUCCAGCAAACCUUCCUGCGCUUCUGGCUGCCCCUCCUGAAGGUGCUCAACUCACCAUCCUUCAUUCACCUGCUCCUGGAGAAGCUGUUUGUUGAACUGAAGCAACUCGCCAAAGAGCAGAAUAAUAAUCAAAGGGCUUUCUACAUUUCUACUUGGAUUUCAGAAAUCAUCCUCUGCAACAGCAACAAAUUUGAAUACCAUUUUGAAACAAAAGGACAGAAGAAGGCCAGAAUGAAGGAGAGGAUCUUUGUGAACCGCAUCCAGCUGAGGUGGCAGCAGCUGCUCUCGGCGUGCCUGGAUGCUCCCUGUGUCAGCACGCCUCACCUACUGCAGUUAAUCCUGGACGACAUGGAGCAUCCUCUCCCUCUGGAGACCCGACAGAGGUUGCUCCAGCUCUGCUCUAUCUACACACAAAUUGGCCACUCUGAAUAUGACACUGUUCCGGAGCAUAAACAUCAGCCCAUAUACACACUGGAGAGCUUACAUGAGAAGCUGCAACAGUUGCGGCGCCACCGCUGGCGCUCUACGUCUUACGCAGAGGGCAGCGGUGUGUCCCCGGAGGAGUACAAAUCGGCGGAUGCUCAGGCUGAAAAUGUAAAAUUGCUAAGAGGAUCUCCUUGGCAGGUGUGCAACGAUAAGGUUUUGUGGAAGAACUAUCCUCUUGGUAAGGUCCCUGGACAGUCAGAUGACCCAUCAUGCCUCAUGGUGGAAAACUACUCAACAAUGACUGUCUUUGACCAGCCGGUGGAGUUGGACAGCAACACGACACACAGUGUCCCUGGGGUCUCUGCACCACUGAGAACAGCUGAUGGUCUUCUUUGGAACCACAGUGAUGUUAACAAGCUGAAAUCUGGACUACAACUUUUUUGAAUUGUUGUCAAACUGGAAGUUUAGUCCCUGGCUGCUGGCAUCAAGCCUUGUGUGACUCAUUUAUCAGGCAAGAAUGCAAAACACAUUUGCUGUACAAAACUAAACGUUUUUGACAUAGGCUUACAGUGAAUUAUUUUCCUUUCUUCCAACUGUAAUUUAAGUUUACUGACACUGUUAAUGAAGUAGUCAGUCCCUACAAAAGGUUUUGGAUUAGAGGCGAUUCAGUUGAAAACCUUGGCAGAAGGGAUAUGUUGUAAUUACAAGGUGGUUUUGUGAAAUACAUUUGCUUUUGCGCACUUAUCUUAAAUAAAAAAAUGAAACUGAA